UUUUUUCUGAUUCUAUAAAACAGAUUUAGGCUGAACCAGACCCUUAGCUGCCUGGCGUGCCUAGUCUCUGGGGAAUAGUGGGUGAGCAGGUGGGUUCACAUGCCCCUUGGGUAGAGGAGAAAAGGCUGAAGGAGCAGGGAGCCAGGAGUGCGGGGUGAGUGGGGAGAAGCUCUGUGGGAGAAUCUUGGAGGUUGUCUAGAGGAGGAGGCCCGCUGAGCUGCAUUUUGAUGUGGAGGUGGGCUUCUGUGGCUACGGGAGGGAGAGAGGAGAGGAGGAGGAAACCGUGAGUGAAGGCUUGGAGGUAUUGCCGUUAAGGACGGGGCCCAGUGGGUGAGAAGUCAGUGAGUGACAUCCCAGCUGGGCCUCAGCUGGACCUCGGGUUUGGAGCAGGGCCUUACUCUUAGUGUUGCAAGCAGUGAGAGGCUGGGACUCCAGUUAUGGCAGGGACAUUGCUUGGGCCCUAUUCUUGGUAGGGGGUCACUGCCCCUUCCUUGGGGUUUUCCCAUAUGUUGUGCCUUCCUGAAAGCACUUCUCCUUUUCCUGGGCUCCGUCCUGACUCAGCAGUGCCCUGAUAUCCUGUGGUAAGCAGGCAAGCUGGGAGCAGCCAGGAGGCUUCCUGGAGGAGGUGGCUAGAAUUGCCAGGAGGCUUCUGAGAGGAACCCCUUAUAUCACCUUCGUGAGACAUGGCGCCUUCCCUGUGGAAGCUCUACUGGGAGAGGACCCUUUGCAUCAGUUUCCCUCUCCCUUCCUGCUGUGGUCAGGGCAAUGAUGUGUUCCCUCUCAGAUGGGUCCUGAGUUCUGGUGGCCCGUGGGAGGAGGCUGGCCUCAGAGAAGCCCUGGGACUCUGCAUGGCCUCGUUUGCUCGGCUAUGGUGCUGGGCUGCCAGGGCUCAAUCCCCGCUGUGGCACCAAGGACAAAUAACCUAGCAUUUCUUUGCCUCGGUUUCCUCCUCUGUAAAGUGGAAUCAUGAUGAGCCUUACCUUACAGAGCACCUGUAAUGAGUAGAUAAAUGAGGAAUCCAUGUCAGGUGCUUAGAAAAUGGCUGGGAACAUACAUGCGGACACACGCGCACACACAGUUAAUGAAUCCAGGUGUCUGUAAGUCCCUGCUGAGUGCUGGAGAUACCCCAGUGAGGAAGGAGGGUGUGGAGUUUGCUUCAGGGAACCUGCUUGCUGCCCAAGAUGGGCAGACCCCUCGCAGCGGAUCAGGACAGUGGUGGGAAAUUCACUGUGGUGCCAGAGGAGGGGCCGAUACUGCCGGACCCCAAGGAUGAGGAUGAGCAGCCUGCCCUCCAAGGAAGAGGAGUCAUUGCUGCCAUCAUUGUCAUCCCCUCCCCAGCCAGAGCCUGAGGAGCCCCUGUCCUCCCUCCCCCAGGCGCCUCCCCACUCCCCAUCUCCACCUCCCUGUCCCCCAGAGAUACCUCCAAAGCCCGUACGCCUGUUCCCGGAGUUUGAUGACUCUGACUACGAUGAGGUCCCAGAGGAGGGGCCAGGGGCCCCAGCCAGAGUGAUGACCAAGAAGGAGGAGCCCCCACCGAGCCGAAUCCCACGGGCCGUGCGCGUGGCCAGUCUGCUGAGCGAAGGGGAGGAACUGUCUGGGGACGACCAAGGAGAUGAGGAUGAGGAUGACCACGACUAUGAGGGCGUUCCCAAUGGCGGAUGGCACACCAGCAGCCUGAGCUUGCCCUUGCCCAGACCGGUCGCUGCGCCACACCCCAUGGACGGGCCGCCUGGGGGCGCCACCCCCAUCACACCAGUCAUCAAGGCCGGCUGGCUGGAUAAGAACCCACCUCAGGGAUCUUACAUCUAUCAGAAACGAUGGGUGAGACUGGAUGCUGAUCACCUGCGAUACUUUGACAGUAACAAGGACGCUUACUCCAAGCGCUUUAUCUCUAUGGCGUGUGUCUCCCGUGUGGCUGCCAUCGGGGACCAGAAGUUUGAAGUGAUCACAAACAACCGGACCUUUGCCUUCCGGGCAGAGAGUGAUGUGGAGCGGAAGGAGUGGAUGCAGGCCCUGCAGCAGGCCAUGGCUGAGCAGCGUGCUCGGGCACGGCUGUCUAGCGCUUAUCUGCUUGGAGUUCCAGGCUCAGAGCAGCCUGACCGCGCUGGUAGCCUGGAGCUGCGUGGCUUCAAGAAUAAGCUGUACGUGGCCGUGGUCGGGGACAAAGUACAGCUCUACAAGAAUCGAGAGGAGUACCAGCUGGGCAUUGGCAUCACCUUCAUCGACAUGAGCGUGGGCAACGUGAAGGAAGUGGACCGGCGCAGCUUCGACCUCACCACGCCCUACCGCAUCUUCAGCUUCUCUGCUGACUCGGAGCUAGAGAAGGAGCAGUGGCUGGAGGCCAUGCAGGGAGCCAUCGCCGAGGCCCUGUCUACCUCGGAGGUGGCUGAGCGCAUCUGGGCUGCAGCCCCCAACAGAUUCUGUGCUGACUGUGGGGCUGCCCAGCCUGACUGGGCCUCCAUCAACCUCUGUGUUGUCAUCUGCAAGCGCUGUGCAGGAGAGCACCGUGGCCUGGGUGCUGGCAUCUCCAAGGUGCGGAGUCUGAAGAUGGACAGGAAGGUGUGGACAGAAACACUUAUCCAGCUCUUCUUACAGCUGGGCAAUGGUGCUGGAAACCGCUUCUGGGCAGCCAACGUGCCCCCCAGUGAGGCCCUACAGCCCAGCAGCAGCCCCAGCACCCGGCGGCGCCACCUGGAGGCCAAGUACCGUGAGGGCAAGUACCGCCGCUACCACCCACUCUUUGGCAACCAGGAGGAGCUGGACAAGGCCUUGUGUGCUGCAGUCACCACCACAGACCUGGCUGAGACCCAGGCACUCCUGGGCUGUGGGGCUGGGAUCAGCUGCUUCUCAGGGGACCCUGAGGCCCCCACGCCCCUGGCUCUUGCAGAACAGGCGGGGCAGACGCUGCAGAUGGAAUUCCUUCGGAACAACCGGACCACAGAGGUGCCUCGGCUGGACUUGAUGAAGCCCCUGGAAAAGCACUACUCAGUUGUCCUGCCGACCGUGAGCCACAGUGGCUUCCUCUACAAGACGGCCUCUGCCGGCAAGCUGCUGCAGGACCGCCGGGCCCGGGAAGAGUUCAGCCGGCGCUGGUGUGUCCUUAGUGACGGAGUCCUGAGCUACUAUGAGAAUGAGCGGGCAGUGACCCCCAAUGGAGAGAUUCGGGCCAGCGAGAUUGUGUGCCUGGCAGUGCCCCCUCCCGACACCCACGGCUUUGAGCACACCUUUGAGGUGUACACAGAGGGAGAACGGCUGUACCUGUUUGGUCUGGAGAGUGCGGAGCAGGCUCAUGAGUGGGUCAAGUGCAUUGCUAAGGCAUUUGUGCCUCCCUUGGCCGAGGAUCUGCUGGCCCGUGAUUUUGAGCGGCUUGGACGCCUACCCUACAAAGCUGGCCUGAGCCUACAGCGGGCCCAGGAGGGCUGGUUCUCUCUCAGUGGCUCAGAGCUCCGAGCCGUCUUCCCUGACGGGCCCUGUGAAGAGCCGCUGCAACUACGGAAACUGCAGGAGCUUUCCAUCCAGGGGGACAGUGAGAACCAGGUGCUGGUGCUGGUGGAGCGAAGGAGGACACUUUACAUACAGGGCGAGCGGCGGCUAGACUUCAUGGGUUGGCUGGGGGCCAUCCAGAAAGCAGCCGCCAGCUUGGGGGACACGCUGUCGGAGCAGCAGCUUGGGGACUCGGAUAUCCCGGUCAUCGUAUAUCGCUGUGUGGACUACAUCACUCAGUGCGGCCUGACCUCCGAGGGCAUCUACCGUAAGUGUGGGCAGACGUCGAAGACGCAGCGGCUGCUGGAGAGCCUGCGGCAGGACGCACGCUCUGUGCACCUCAAGGAGGGCGAGCAGCACGUGGAUGAUGUCUCCUCGGCGCUCAAGCGCUUCCUGCGCGACCUGCCCGAUGGGCUCUUCACUCGCGCCCAGCGUCUAACCUGGCUGGAAGCCUCAGAGAUUGAGGACGAGGAAGAGAAGGUCUCCAGGUACCGAGAGCUCCUGGUGCGGCUGCCCCCUGUCAACCGGGCCACGGUGAAGGCCCUUAUCAGCCACCUGUACUGUGUCCAGUGCUUCUCAGACACCAACCAGAUGAACGUGCACAACCUGGCAAUUGUGUUUGGGCCCACGCUCUUCCAGACGGAUGGGCAGGACUACAAGGCUGGUCGUGUGGUGGAAGACCUCAUUAACCACUACGUGGUGGUGUUUAGUGUGGAUGAGGAGGAGCUCAGGAAGCAGCGGGAGGAGAUCACUGCCAUUGUGAAGAUGCGAGUGGCUGGCACUGCCAGUGGGACCCAGCAUGCUGGUGACUUCAUCUGCACAGUGUAUCUGGAGGAGAAGAAGGCAGAGACUGAGCAGCAUAUCAAGAUCCCGGCAUCCAUGACUGCUGAGGAGCUCACCCUGGAGAUCCUGGAUCGCCGGAAUGUGGGCAUCAGGGAGAAGGACUACUGGACCUGCUUUGAGGUCAACGAGAGGGAGGAGGCAGAGCGUCCCCUGCACUUUGCGGAGAAGGUACUGCCCAUUCUGCACAGGCUGGGCACGGACAGCCACCUGGUAGUGAAGAAGCACCAGGCCAUGGAGGCCAUGCUGUUGUACCUGGCCAGCCGUGUUGGUGACACCAAGCAUGGCAUGAUGAAGUUCCGUGAGGACCGCAGCCUUCUGGGCCUGGGCCUGCCCUCAGGCGGCUUCCACGAUCGCUACUUCAUCCUUAACAGCAGCUGCCUGCGGCUCUACAAGGAGGUCCGGAGCCAGAGGCCAUGGAGCGGGGCCCCUGAGACCAGUCACCGGCCUGAGAAGGAGUGGCCCGUCAAGAGUCUCAAAGUCUACCUGGGAGUGAAGAAGAAACUCCGGCCACCCACCUGCUGGGGCUUCACAGUGGUGCAUGAGACAGAGAAACAUGAGAAGCAACAGUGGUACCUCUGCUGUGACACGCAGAUGGAGCUCCGGGAGUGGUUCGCAACCUUCCUGUUUGUGCAGCACGACGGCCUGGUGUGGCCCUCAGAGCCCUCUCGCGUGUCCCGGGCAGUGCCUGAGGUCCGACUGGGCAGUGUGUCACUGAUCCCCCUUCGAGGCAGUGAAAACGAAAUGCGCCGGAGUGUGGCUGCCUUCACCUCGGACCCUCUGUCUGCUGGUGACAUUCUGGAAGGCAGCACGUACAGGAAUGUGCUUUGGAGUCCUGGGCUCUGGGACCCAGGAAGAAGCGGGAACAGCCUUCUACCAAGUGCCUGAUGUGACUUGGCCCCUGUGCCUCCUGCACUGUCUGCUCUUGACAAGGCGGAGCUAGGCCCAGAGAAGGGAGGCCGCUUUCCCAAGGCCACACGAUGCCCGUGAAGCAGUCCUGAGGUCCAUUCCCACUGCCCUACUUUGGUGGAGUCUCCCUCUUUGACUUACUCCUGAUUCCAACUGUUUGCUCCUCUUACAAGUGGCCUAACUUGUUCCCUGAGGCAGGGGGUCUCAACUGUCAGUUAAUGAUGGCAUAAAGUGCUUUCCCUCUGGUAGAGGGUGGGGUGACAUCCUAACAGGAGCCUCAGGGCCUCAGUCAGAAUGAUAUAUGCCUGUGACAACAGUGUUGGAUGGGUUAGGGGCAGGAGGCUCUGCUGGUUCUUGUCACAAGGAUUCCUAAAAAUGGGGCCUCUUGGGCCCCUGGGCGGUUUGCUCAUUCACAUAUUAUUUGAAGUCAGGUUGCCAGGGAUGGGUUGAAGAGCCCAGACCUAGACUUUCAGAGGGGCUGAAAGUAGCUCUUGGAGAAGGAGGGGCUUCCUGGAUGAGGAGGUGCUCCUGAGCCAGCCUCAAAGACCGGAGGCCUUGCCAGGCACAGUUGUGGUAGAGGUUGAAACGUUGGAGGAGGACAGGGCUUCAAGGAUCAACCCAAAUCCAGGCCCAGCACCUGGGGACCAUGGGGAGCCCUGGGAGAGAAGGCUGAGGCAUGUCAGAACCUGGAUGAUCAGGGCAUUGCAGGAGGGGAGGCCAGGAGGCAGAGGGGAGGGGGGCAGGGAGGUGAUGUGGGAUAUCUACCUCUCUCCUGCCUCCUUCCAGCAUAACCUUCCUACCCUGCAGAAUUCUGAGGCGUCCUGGGGCCUCUGGAGAAGGAAAGCAGUGGAGCAGGGAAGGGCAAGAGCUGGGCCUUCUUUCCUGGCCCCGUGCCCUGGUGGCCUCCAAGCUGCCUGCUCCCAGCUUGCUGUCUUGGAAAGCACAUGUGUGUGGAUGCCAGUGCUCCUGUUUACAAGCCGUGUGACUUCGCCUGAGUUACUUAGGUCUCUGAUCCUCAAUAUUGUCAUCUGUACUUUGUGGGUGUUAAUAGUAGCUACCUUCUAGUGGUUUGGGAGAAUUAAAUGAGCUAGUAAUUGUGAAGUGUCUGGUACUGUCCCUUGCUAAUCUUCCUUUUCAAAUGUCUGAGAAGAUAUCAUGGCAUAUCCUAGGCCCAAUAUUUUUUGCACUCAACAAGUGCUUGUUGAACAUCGACUGUAUGCAGAGCUUUACUGAACACUGAGUGGGAGCAGAUGAGCGAGUGGUGUGGAGGAAGGUGGAGACCUCCCGGUGGAGGAUAUUGAUGAGGAAAGAUUGGAGGAGGUGAGUCUGAAAUUAGAGGCAGCUCUCUGCAGGUGGGGGAGAGGAAGUGGCCUGAGCACAGGCAAGGGGAUGGCAGUAAGUGACCUGCUGUGGCUGGGGUACAGUGCCCCAUGGCACCCUAGGGCCUGUCCCCCAAGCCCCUACCUCUGAGAUAUGACCACAUCCCAGUCAAAUGGGCUCAUUGGGAUCAUCCCCCAUCAGAACAAGGAACAGUUCCUAUUCUCUUAGUCAGCUCUGUGACCUAAGUGACCCUGACCCUGCUCUGGGGACCAUCUCUCACACGUCUAAGUACAGUGGCCUCAACCUCCCAGCCUUUCCUCCAGUGUAACAUCUUCAGAAAGCUCUUCUGGGUUGCUCUUCCAUCCCACUGUGCCUCUUAGGGUAUGUGUAUAUGCCCAGGUCACCACUUGCCGACUUGCAUCCAGGGAUUCACUUAGGAAGAACGGUCAGGGACAGUUCCCCUGGUCAGCCAGAGUUGGCCCAGCCCUAGCAUGUCCCUUCUCCCACGCCACUUCCAGCCUGUGGAAAUUUCCGUACUUUGUCUGCCCUGGUUACAGCUCCUACUGCUGUAUUUAUCACCCUGGAGACACAGUGGCACAGGCGCACACAUGCCACACACACUCAGGCCUGCACACAUGUGCCUGCACACCUCAGCCUGUUCCUCCAGUUCUGCGAGUGCAUGCUGCUCGGGCACACAUACACACACGUGCACACACACAGCACGUGGAUGAACACACACAC